ACAUGUACCAAAUUGCAACUCGAGGAAACUCGAUUAGGUUUCCGAUAUUCAAAAGCCACCCAAGAAUAACGAGCCAUGCUCCCUUCUACUUCUAGACCCUUGUUGAGCUGUAAAACCCCUUUCUUUUUCCAACCCCAACAAAAAUUCUGCAAUUUCUUCAACAAGACUCUUAAAUCUCAGAUGGGCACGAAGCCUUUCUCCUCGAAAAGCCCAUCCACAUUGCCAGCAGGAGCCCGCAGAACAACAGACGCUGAAGCUACCAUUAGCCUGCAAGAAUGGCAGGGUUGGGGUACCAUUUCGCCUGUUCCUUCGAUGGUUAAACAAGUUAUUCAAGAUUUAAAGCUUUUGGAACAAGACAUUGAUUCUGAGAUGACGUUUGAUGGCAACCACGGCAAACUCUCGGGAGACUUCAAGGUGCAUGAGGACAAGAAGCAUAGGGCAAAAUAUGCAUCUUUAGCUAAUUCUGAAGAAAAACUCCAAUUCUUUUCUGCUCGACAAAUAGCUUGCCGGUUACUUGGAAGUAGGGGUUAUCUUUGCCAGAAGUGCUGGCUUCCGCGGGAAGACUGCAUGUGCUCAAAAGUUACAAUGUGUUCCCUUUGGCGUAGAUUGCGUAUCUGGUUGUAUAUGCAUCCGAAGGAUUUCUUAAGACAGAACAAUACUGGGAAAUUAUUAUGGCAAGUUUAUGGUGUUCAAGCUGCAAGUUUGUGCCUCUUUGGCAUAGUUGAGCAUGAAGAAAUGAUGUGGAAUGAAUUGAAUCAUGCAGGCAGAAACAAGGUUUGGUGCCUUUAUCCAAAUAAGAAUGCAGCGACUGAAUCCGUUAAGGAUGGUGUUGGCUGUGCUGUGGAUCCAGCAAAUGAAGAUGGCAUCAUGCACUUCAUUUUGAUAGAUGGCACUUGGAGCAAUUCAAGCGCAAUGUUCAGGCGUUUGCAGGAUCGAGCUAAAUUAGUAUGGGGGCAGGAACUUCGCUGCAUAUCUCUGAACACAGGUGUAUCUUUGAUGCAUAAACUAAGGUACACAAGUAAAGUCUCUUCCAUCACCUUCUUAAGCUCGUCAACAAUUUUGUUGCAAACUUUCGUUGCUGGCCUUAAAAAUCUUUAUCAUUUGAUACCGAGCAUAGCUGGUUUCUGAUUUGAGGUCAGACCCCAACCGUCAUGGGAUCGUACAUGCACAGCAGCUGCAGCAAUAGGCCUUCUCUAUGAGCUCCAACUCGUUCCAGAAUUUAGUUCCUUUGGAUUAGAGAAACAGGCUGAAGCCGUCGAGAAAGCCUUGGAGGUUU